ACAUUUUGUAGGCACUUUCAACAGCUGUAAUUUUGCGCUCGACUUGAUCACGACAAGUUUAGUAUGGAUAUUGUUGAUUGAUUGAUCCGAUUAGUGCAUAUAGUUAAGAGAUUAUGUGCACAAAUGACAGCUUAUAAUGUAUUAUAUAUAAAGAGCUAUGAAAACAAGAAGUGCUCUCUCGAUGUUCUAAACUGUGUCAAUCAUAUUCAGAAAUCAUUAGAUCGUGAGAUGGCUCUUAAAGGUCCUAGUUAUUUAGCUGGAUUAUUUCGUCUAACUCCUCAGAUACAGUCAGGGGUUUUUGAAGCCAAACAACCAAAGCCGAAAACAUCUUACGAGUCAAUACAACACAACGAAAGUCAAACGACCUUUUAUCGUAGUAUUCCGUCCAUAUCUGAUGACCCGAAUUCCCAAGAAUCCUUACAAAUAACUUCUCCUGAGGUCAAUGAAAAGAGUCCAUUAUGUAUUAUUGCACCAAUUGAUAGAAAUUUACUAUGUGCUAAAACAAUGAAAUCUGAAUGUCAUCAGCAAGCAUCAACAUCUCAUUCUACAUAUGAGAAUAGAGAUUAUACAAAUAGUUGUCGUUCUUUAUUAUCAAUAUCUAGUAACAGAGAAAUUAGCGAUAUUGCACCAUCAGUUUUAAAGACACGAAAACACAAGUUGUUAGUUGAAUAUCAAGAAGCGAUGAAACCAAUAACUUCUAUUGAUAUCCCAUUGGAAUAUGAAGAGAAACUUAUUUCUUUAUUGAAAUAAUAUUUUACAUAUAAUAAUAAUAUUGAUACUAAAUGGAUAAUAUUUUGGCAAACUCUUUAUAUUUAUAUACUACUUUCUUGGUAAUCUGUACAGAACUGAUGAUUCUUAUUAUUAUUAUCAUUUAGUGUUCAUGUAAAUAUGAUCUUAAUUAAAUUGUUGGCAUAUUUUCUUUCUAGUAAAGUAUAUUUAUUUA